AUGUCCAUUGACCAGGCGUCACCACUGGUGCCGAUCAAACCUCAAGUCGUGCUGCAGAACGGUGCUUUUAUAAAAAACAGUCAUAACCGCAGUAGUUUCUGUGGGGUGGCACCAGCGUCGAACGGUAAUGGAACGUUCAAAACUUUCGCCGUCAAUCGCAAGAGUUGGAGUGGAAACGUGACUCUUCCGCUCCAGCAGUUCACGCCCGACGUGGAACAAGCUCCGCAGUUGGCAACUUUUCGCUCAGGAACUGGAACAUUCCCGAGAAACAGAGAGCGGAACAAUAAUACAACGAAUGGAAUAUUAACACCUAACGGGAACUCUGUGCAGACGUUUAAAGGAAAUGAAGUGAGGAGGUGCGGAAGCUCGAACGGCCGACGUUACGCUGAGAUCGGAAACUGGAAUAAAAGUUGUAGUAUUUACAAUAUUACAGAAUAA